AUGAAAAGACAACAAACAAGAUUUGAACUGUUGAUGGGAAUUCGUCAAAUGAAUACUGAAAAUGUCAUUAAUAUUCUACGAUCUAAAAAUUUAUUGCUUUCUUAUUUAGAAUGUGAAGCAUG